AUGGCGGCCGGCAACGAGACGACCAGUCCCAAUCUGCUGGCCCUUGAACAAGAAGACUUCUCUCAGCUCAGAGAAGCAGUCUCUGUCACACACGGACAGUACUUAAUAGUCGCCUCUGUCCUGUUUUUCCAGCUGGUUAAUUUGUUAGUGAAAUCCUACGGCCCACCGAAAUCGGUAACAGACGAUGAGUGGAAAUGGAGGAACCUGGUCGUUUCGUGGGUCCAUGCGAUGAUCGCGUCCUUGUGGGUGAUUGCAUGCACAGUUGUGUACCCAGAACUGUACUGUGACCUGCUGCAACACAUUAGUCACUUGACCUUCUAUUGUGUGUGUUUCUCCACUGGUUACUUUGUGUAUGACUUCUUGGACCUGGUCGUCAACAAUAAGAUGUUCUCCAUGUGGGAACUGACAGUGCAUCAUAUAGGAAUUGCUGGAAUGUUCUACUACAACAUCUGCAUCAAGUCCAACAUUGGCAUGAACAUCAUUGCCUUGUCUGUGGAACUCAACUCAGUCUUCCUGCACUGGCGGAAACUGCUGCAGAUGAUGAAGAUGCCCUUUGACAGCCCCGGGUACAUCAUCAUCAAGUAUCUGAACAUUAUCUCCUUUCUCAUCUUUCGGGGCGGAGCUCUGGUAGUGAUCACCGGAGCUUGUAUCAUGUGGAGGCAGAAGGUGUCCACCUUGUACUAUAUAGGAAUCUCGUCGACCACUUUCUUCAUGGACAUUGUCAAUGUGAUUCUCUUCUGGAGACUCUUUAAGAGUGACUUCCUAAGGGGCGGGCACAGGGAAGGAGUUCGAUCUGUAAGUUCAAGGGUCAAAUGUGACAGCAUCAAGAACGGCAACAAUCAUGUUAUCACAAGUAACAGCAGCAGUGCUUCUAGUGCUGUCAAAUCUCGCAAGCCCACCUUACUGUGA